AGCACAGGCAAUCUCUUGACCGUCGUGGAUCAUUCCCGGGCAUUCAUGGAGGAACAACACAAGGAGAUAAUAGGGAAGAUAGCCAACGAGAAGGUGAGUGUUCCACCGACUUUGGGCGCUUUCUUCGCCGAUAUCAAGUACAAGGUUUCGGGCUUCGCAUUGGGGUUGAUUGAGGAGCAGUACAUUCUCGCACGUCGUUCGCUCGCCACCAAUUUCACCCUUUCGACCUGCCGUGGUUACCUGAAGAGGGUUUUCGGUUAACCCUGUGCGCAUGCAAUCACUGAAGCAUUGGCCGACGACCGGGUCUUGACAAUGCACGACAUACACAAGCACUGGCAUCUUGUCCUCGACGAGAACUACAUUGAGGCACCCACAUUGGACACAACUCAGCAGCAAGUCCGAGACCCGCCCUUCAGUACCGCCAGAGGACGUCCGAGGGGAUCUCAAAAUCGAUCCCGCAACAUCCCACUCAGCUCAACUCAGCGAGACCCAAGCGCAUUUGAGAUCGUUGAAGCAUCAAGAAGACUCUGUGGUUUUUGCAGCCGGCCCGGGCAUGAUCGGAGGACAUGUGAGCUCCGUAACGUGCAGAUGCCAAGCCAAACUCCGGUUCCAAGUGGUACGGUGGAUGAUGGCUACUCUCAACCAUGGUUUGUGCCGUCCUACAACCCCCUCGACGCUCCUCUGAUGCCCUUCCACGGUCUACCCGCCUUACAGCCUCGCUUCGAUUACCCUCCCCAAUCGGGGCAUCCAGUUCAAGGACCCUCAGUCGGCUAUUCAUUGCCCCCGAUGGCAUCUAUGGCUGGUGGAAACCUUCCCAUGGGUGCUCCGGGGCAUUAAAGGUUUUACGGGCCUCCUCCGGGCCCGCCUAGGAAUUAUUUUGGUCCAUAUGGACCUUGAUGGAAGCGUAGGAGCGUCAGGAAUUUAUUUGUGUACAUAUCGCUACUGUAAAUAAUUUUAUUCCUCUUGUUUCUGCU